GUAGUAAUGGAUAAAGAAGAGGAUAGUGGCAUACCUGUGGUAAGAAGACAAGUCCUUGCUGUAAUCAUGGCUGAGAGAUUGUUAAUAAGUGCAUUAAAGGGUGGCAAAAACACUAAGAUCAUUACGUUGAAUGGGAAGAAGAUGACAAAGAUGCCCUCAACAUUAGAAAAACUGCCUGGCUUGAAUACUCUGAACCUUCAGAACAACCGAAUCCCAAAAGUAUGCCCAGAGAUAAGCACCUUAACCCAGUUGACAGCACUAAAUUUGGGGAACAACCUUUUAGAAGAAGUUCCAGAAGAGAUGAAAUACCUUACAUCCCUAAAGAAACUCCAUUUAUUUGGAAACAGGAUUUGUAGAUUUGCAUCUGGAGCAUGUGAUGGCUUACAAAAUUUGAUCCUGCUUAACCUGAACAACAACCAGCUGACAUGGCUUCCUGAAGAAAUCAGCAGACUAAAGAGCCUUAAGUAUAUGAGUAUAAAUCAUAACCAGCUAUCCACCAUUCCUGCAGAACUUUGUUUCCUUGAAAAUCUUUCUGAACUGCAACUUAACUACAAUAAGCUCAUUUGUAUACCUGAAGAGAUUAAGUUCUUGAAGAAGCUCCAGAAACUUUUUCUGGUGAGGAACAACAUUGAAGCUUUCCCAGAGGGACUUUGUGAUCUUAAAAAACUAAGAAUCCUAGAUGUAGCUGGAAAUAUUAUUCAGGUAUUUCCAUCAAAAUUUCAGAAUCUAAAGCUGAGUGAAUUCUACUGUGAGGAAAAUCCACUGUUCCUAAAGAAACCGAUUGUCACUGUACAACAGGAAGAUGUCUGGAGCCUACAGGAAAUAGCAUCAAGAUUUGUAAUGAAUCAACUGUCAGAAGAUAAUUCUUUGCUAGCACAAGCUGUAGAAUUGUACCCACAGAUCAGGAACAUAAUCUCUCGGGGGAAAAAAUGUGCAAUAUGUGGAAAGUCCUUUUUAACUGUUUGGCUGGAAUGUGUUCAAUUUUCUCCUCCAUCGAAGAACUGGAAGAUAAGCAGGAAUCUACAGCUGAUACCUCUCCAAGUAUUAGUUUGUUCUUACAAGUGUUUUACUCAGCGUGGUGCUAACCUCUUUGGAAUUGUUCAGGCAUAG